AUGGACACCAUCGUCUUCCUCUCGCCUCCUCUGCUGCGCAUGAGCCACCACCCCCACGCAUCAUCAUCAGCUUACACUACUGCUAGUCGUCACCUGCCUCCUCCGGCUGCUGCUGCUGCAUCAUCCAGUUCGAGCCCGCGGCUGCUCACAUCAAGCAGCAGAUCAGCAGCAGCAUUAUUGAAAGAGAGAGAGAAAGACGUCGUGUUCGUGGCUGGCGCCACCGGCAGAGUUGGGUCCCGUGCCGUGAGGGAGCUCAUCAAGCUUGGCUUCCGUGUGCGCGCUGCCGUCAGGAACGCCCAGAGGGCCACGUCCCUGGUGCAGAGCGUCCAGCAACUGAAACUAGAGGCGCAGCUGGAGCUUGUGGAGUGUGACCUGGAGAAGCAGGCGCAGGAAGGCAUCGUUUCAGCCAUAGGCCAUGCUUCCCUGGUGGUGUGCUCCAUCGGUGCCAGCGAGAAGGAGAUCCUGGAUGUCACCGGCCCAUACCGCAUCGACUACAUGGCCACCAACAAACUUGUACAGGCUGCAUCUGCUGCCAAGGUGGAGCACUUCGUCCUGGUUACAUCCCUGGGCACCAACAAGAUCGGCUUCCCUGCAUUCCUCUUGAACUUGUUCUGGGGGGUUCUGUACUGGAAAAGACGAGCUGAAGAAGCACUCAUCGCAAGCGGCAUUCCCUACACGAUCAUAAGGCCCGGAGGCAUGGAGAGGCCGACGGAUGCUUUCAAGGAGACGCACAACCUGGUGUUGGCACCAGAGGACACCUACGUGGGUGGCCAGGUAUCCAACCUGCAGGUGGCGGAGCUCAUCGGAUGCAUCAUGGCCACCAACAGCAACAGGAGGGCGGCCUACUGCAAGGUCGUGGAAGCGGUGGCCGAGACCACCGCGCCGUUGCUGCCCAUGGAGCAGCUCCUCUCCACAAUUCCUUCCAAGAGGGAGAGGGAACCCCCUGCAGCUGACGAUGAGCCGCCUGAGGACGAAACGGAGGCUGCAGAGGUGAAGCCAUCAGAUCCAAAGCAGCCAGAACUUCCAGCAGAGCCAUCGGAGACAAGGACCGGAGGAAAAGCAGCAGAGCCAACACUCUCACCCUACACGGCGUAUGAGGCGCUGAAGCCACCUUCGUCCCCGUCCCCCAAACAGAGCAGCAGCAAGGCCUCCCAAGCCCAAGCGCAACAAAUGCAAGAAACAGCGUCCUAG